UUUCUCGACGGAAUCUUCCGAAUUUGGCGGGACGUUCUUUGUGCGCGUAAGUUAAUACCCCGAGUGACGCAUCUUGACUACACGGAGGACGUGGGAACGGACGUUGGGUUCGUCACAGAGACCCCGAGCUUGGUACGAUCAGUUGGAACUAUCUUGACUGCAUCCUGCCCGACACACCCAAAAUCAGCGACAGCAACAGGUGGGCUCCGACAGCGGGAGCAAACCGUUCCGCCACGAAAAGAACCCACUACCCGCCGCAGCAACAGCAGCAGCAGCAGACUCGGAAGCAAGGAAGGCGCGCCAGACAACGACAUGCAAAAGUUUUGCACGCUCAGCCCCCGCCCCCCUGUGGCCCGCCUGCCACUGCUGAGUGCAUGAAGGCUCUGCGGCUGAUGGCCGUGUCCGGGAUGAUCGGUGUGAGCACGGGCCUGGAGGGGACGUGUGUAGACCUGAGCAACGCCUGUCGGGAAGGGGCACCGUGGUUAGUCAAGACAGGGCGUUGGUCGGAGGAGAUUCCCCUUCGGUUGCGGCAGUUUUGGCCUCUCGGCAGGGAAGACCGGCGUACGCUGCAGCUCGCGCCGAGCCGGCUGAUACAGCGCAGGAUGGUGAAAGCCCUGACGAUUUUGCACAACGACCACAUCGGAGAAGAUUUCGCCUGGCCGAUUGGGGUGGAGAAGGUGAACUUUAAAUACUGUAACAAGGACCUCGGAGAUGUCAAGUGGCCAUCGACCAUGACGGAAGUCCGACUUUCUUGGGCCUUCGCUCAAGCGGUUGAACACAUUGUGUGGCCGGAAAGCCUUAAAGGACUGGAUUUUGGGAACUACUUCAACUCCCCGGUGGAGGGCGUGGAUUUUCCCGACGGACUGGAGCGGAUACGGAUGUCGCGGUGUUUCAAUCAGCCAAUCGCUGAAGUGAAGUGGCCGUCGCGACUGCUGGUGUCGGGGUUCGGCGCAAAGUUCAACAGGCCGCUGAACGGAGUGAUUUGGCCAGACACCCUGAAAUACCUCGAUCUCAUGGGACAAGACUUCAACCAGCCUAUACACGUUGCGCCCCUGCCGCGAGACUUGGCGGUGCUCAUGCUUGGCGACUCCUUCGAUCAACCCCUGGAUACUGUAGCCUGGCCCAAAGGCUUGUUGGAGGUGUUCAUAGGGCAGGGGUUCACUGGGUACGAGAGCCCUCGUUUGGCGGACGUGGUGUGGCCGUCGGGCCUUCGGCUGAUGUCGGCUCCGAGGAUGAAUAUCGGGCAUUUGCCCAAGGACUGCUGCCGCGAGUUCGUUGGCGACGUCGAUGGCGAAGCCCCAUGGCUAGCGGAUGAAACGUGGCCCCUCGAGUUUGCCGGCGGCGGUGGCGUAUUCGGGAUGGGUGUGUUGUUGGAUACCGAUAGUGACUGAAGUUGUCCCGGCUGCCUGUGAAUGGUACCCGGUUUUUCAGUUUCCAACUUGGCUUGCCUUUUCAUGUCGACGCUGCUGGUUGGCCGGUAUUCCCACAAGCUUCAACUGUGGAGGUGCUCAUAGAACUUGCACGGCCCACGAUUGAUUCGUCGUGGCCGACGCUCGCUGACUAUGUGUUGGCACGUAAUGUAUUUUGAUGUACAACGGCUUUUGCCUCUCUCCUUCGUGUGGUCUGAGUCUGAUAAACGGGCUAUUAAUGUACGUAUGCAUAAGAUAUUUCUGUUGUGUCGGUUGAGUGUAUAGAAGGAACGCUCUAUCCCCAUCGGUUGUCUUUACGCGCGGAUGUCUCUCGCUGCUGAUUGAUCCAAGACGGAGAAGAAGGGAGCGUUUGGUUGCAAACACUAGGGCCAAAGGUGCUGCAAAUCAUGCCGCCCUCGUGCUGCGAAUGCAAUCGAAACAGCAGGUUGUAUUUUAGUUGAACGGAGAGCUCGUCCUUAUUUCGUUUAUUCGUUGAACAUGGUUACCCUGUUAGCACAGAAGUUUGUUUAUUUUCAAAAAGAUGGUACGGUGGCCAGAGAGAGGUUUCUGUGGGUGAUUGGUGCCAUAGACCAAUACGGUACCUCCCGUAGAUAGAUGCAGCCCAGGGAGUGUCAGUG